AGAUUCCUGUCUCUCCCAUCUUGCUGCUGUUGUCCGCUACUGUUCUCCUCUACAAGCACGCCUUCAACAGGUCUUGUACAGUGAUCCCUCCCUGCAAUCAAGGUUGGAAGUCCCAUGUCUCUGCUCCAGCGUGUCACAUCGAUAGACGGCAUUGACUAUGAGCCCCAUGCGCCACCCAGCAAAGACCUGAGGUAUAGUUCUGUCAAAUCUGUGCGACGAGUGGUUUCCUACGAUGUCCUGCAUGAACCGGAGACAGAAUCUUACCCAGCACAUCCUCAGGGUGCUGUGACUGCCUACAAAGUCUCUACGGCACAGCGACUUGCUCAGGUGAUCAUCACAAUUGUGUCUUGUUGGCUUGCAUCCGGCAUUGUAUUUGGCUUCGCGGCAUUGAAGCCCAUUCUUGUUGACCAAGGUGUCUAUCGCGAAUUCUGUUCCGACGAGGAACUCAAAGAGGGUGUCGAGGUCUGUUACGAGCAGGAUUUGAGGCUCAACACAUUCUUCGCAAUUGCGAGUACUACAUGUAAUGUAUCAGCACUUGUUGUCGGCACAAUUCUCGACAGAUAUGGUCCUCGCGUAGCCGGUAUCAUUGGAAGCUUGAGCCUCGCUGUAGGCAGUUUGUUGAUGGCACUCGCGUUUGCCAUUUCCGAGUUCGAUGGCUACAUUGCGGGCAACAUUUUUCUCAGUCUCGGCGGCACCUUUAUCUUCGUCCCGUCAUUUCAAGUCGCUAACGCCUUUCCAAAAUGGUCUGGCACGAUUGUAGCAAUGGUGACGGGCGCUUUCGAUGCAUCGGCCGCAGUCUUCCUCUUCUUUCGUUUGGCAUACGAAUCGAGUGAAGGUAAAUUUGGCCCAGAGAAGUUCUUCUUUGGUUUCCUGCUUGUGCCAGCAUUCAUCCUCAUCGCUCAGCUGACUGUGAUGAAUGCCGACGGCUACAAGACGUUGCCCGAGCUGGAGCGCAAAAUCGAAAAGGAGCAAGAUGCGACUCGCGAUGUCCACGAUUCCGACGACGAGUUCAGCGAUGGCGAGGUCAGUCGGCUCCGUGCACAGCGACGCGAGCAUCGAGAAUCAAACUUGCAGAAGCUCGAGGAUCUGAUUGGUGAUGCACAAGAGCGUCAACUUCGAGAUGAGAAGCAGGGAGAGCAUCUUGUUGCCAGUGGAGUUUGGGGCGCCUUGCACGGAAAAUCGGCCAAAGAGCAGAUGCUCUCUCCUUGGUUCAUCUUGAUCACUCUCCUCACCGUCCUUCAAAUGCUCAGGAUGAACUUCUUCAUUGCAACGAUCAGAUCCCAAUACGAAUACAUGCUCGGGUCGGAAAAGCUGGCGAGAACGGUCAACUCGUUCUUCGAUAUUGCUCUGCCAAUCGGUGGCGUGGCGGCGACUCCAUUCAUUGGAUUCUUGCUUGACAAUACUUCAACGGCCGUUAUGUUGUUGGGUCUUGUGGUUCUGAUCACAGCAGUUGGCAUUCUAGGCUCCCUGCCAUUCCUGUGGGCUGCUUAUGGGAAUGUCAUCUUGUUCGUUUUGCUGAGACCGCUGUACUACUCCGCCAUGUCUGAUUACGCGGCGAAAGUGUUCGGCUUCGCCACAUUUGGGCGAGUGUAUGGAACCAUCAUUUGCUUCAGUGGAUUGAUCAAUCUCAGCCAGCCACUGAUCGAUGCCGCGAAUCACGAAGUCUUUCACGACAACCCGAUACCCAUCAACGUAAUACUCGCUUCUCUCGGGUUGGUCUUUGGUGUAAUGCUGGUGGGAUAUGUCUGGACGCAGGGCCGCAAAGUUGAGAUCCAGAAUCACAAAGUGGAUGAGACCACUCGCUUGUUGCCCGAGACGAUCGAGGAGGAAGUGUAACGAUGUUCAUGAUACAGUGACGGCAUGUAGAGUACAGGAAAGAACCUAAUAAAGAGUCUAGACCGAAAUGGCAAGAG